UAGAAAUCUGUUUGGCAACUUUAUAAGUUAUACCUUCUCUUGCGGGCUUUGAUUCCAGUUGGAACCUGAGAGAGUAGUGUCCUGCAAUGGCGUCGAAAUUCCCAGCGCUCAGAGUUCUGGAGAACUCCCGGGUCUCUCCACCACCCGGAUCAGUUGCUCCUGCAUCUCUCCCCCUCACCUUCUUUGACGUAAUCUGGUUAGUUCAACACCCUGUCGAGCGCCUCUUCUUCUAUGACUUCCCCAAUCCAAUUGCUCAUUUCAUAGACUCGUGCCUCCCCAACCUCAAAUCCUCGCUGUCUGUCACCCUGCACCACUUCUUCCCUCUUGCCGGUAAUAUCCGUCGCUCCCCCGGCAGCGAUGACCGGUACGAGAUAGCCUACGUCGAUGGCGACUCUGUCUCCUUCACCGUGGCGGAGCACGACGGUGAUUUCCACGAUUUCUCCGACGACCAUGGAUGCGACAUCUCCAAGCUCCGGCAGUUGGUCCCCCAGCUGCCGAAGGCCCAAGAUGCUCAGCCUUCGCUAGCCGUGCAGGUGACCGUGUUCCCGAAUCAUGGCAUCGCCAUCGGGGUCUCGAUCAACCAUGCUGCAUGUGACGGCUCUAGUUCCAUGCAUUUCAUGAAGUCAUGGGCCUCCGCAUGCAAGUCGGGAGGCUCGAUGCCCGAGGUGGCGCCGCCGCCCCUGUUUGACAGGACCUUGAUCUCCGAUCCUCGAGGGCUGUACUCGGUUUUCCUUGAUGAUGUAGCAGGAAUGAGUGCUCCUGAACCAUCAGCGGAAAUUCCUUUCGCCGACAUGGUCCAUGCCACGUUCUCUCUCAAACAAGAUCAGAUUCAAAGGCUCAAGAGACUGGUUCUGGCCAGAGCCGCGGAGCGGGAGACAUCGUUCCAUUGCUCGACGAUCGUGGUUGCGCUUGCUUAUGUAUGGGUCUGCUUUGUUAAGAUGAGAGGCCUUGCAAGUGAUAGGAAAGCUUAUUCAGGAUUCCCGGUGGAUUGCAGGGGACGACUGCAGCCGCCACUCCCGGCAUCAUACUUCGGAAAUUGCGUAGGGCCUUGUUUUGUAGAGGUAGCAGUAGGCGAUGUAAUUGGAGAAGAAGGGUUUGUAGCAGCGGCGGAGGCAAUUGGGAAAGCAAUUGAAGGAAUAAAACACGGAAUUUUGGAUGGUGCAGAGAUCUGGCUACGAAGAUUUGUGUCUGUAUUGCCUGAGCAACCGAUGACCGUUGCGGGGUCGCCAAAGUUCAGAGUUUAUGAGACUGAUUUCGGAUGGGGAGGACCAAAGAAGGUUUUGGUGACGUCCAUCUCGGGUCCCCGAAACAUUUCGGUGGCAGAGAGCAGAGCAGAGCAAGGUGGAAUCGAGAUCGGUAUGGUACUCCCGAAGCAUGUGAUGGAUGAAUUCAGUGCUCACUUCUUUAAUGGCCUGAAACUGAUCGCAAAAUAAUCCCCAGGCCAGUAGCCGACAGAAUUGGUAACCAUAAUGUUUGUGUGCGUCCGUGUGUGUGUGUGUGAGUGUGAGUGAGUGAGUGAGAGAGAGAGACUUGUUCUUCUCAUAAUGCAAUGUAUCCGUCCAAUUAGCAGAAGGAAUUGCUCUUCAAGUCAUCAGCAUAAGGCUGGGCUAGAAAAAUAGUUUGGAUAAUUAUUCUUCUCGAAUAUAUUAUGUGAAAGCCGAAUUAACUUUACA